UACAGGACUGACUCAAUGGCUAUCCCACCAAUUGACCUCACAAUGUCACCAUUCAUAGGAUGGGAUGCUUCGGACAUCACUCGUUUUUUACGCUCCAACGCCACCGGAACGGUCAUCAAUGAUAGCCUAUUUCUGUUGGCGGACGAAACAACAGCCACGGAUGGAGAGAGCCUUCUCCUGGUUCAAGCGGACUACAGCCGGCAGGAGCUGUCGCUCGAGAGUGUGCGUCUAUCAGCGGAGUGUGUCAAUUCCGUGCCAGUGGCUGUAUCGGUUGGAUGUGGCAAUGUCCGGGAGUUGCAGAGUAUUGUGCAUUCAGAUGGGGUAUUCAGGUAUGGGACUCCACCAGUACAGGGUGAUGCAGCGCCGAGGAAGCAACUAUAG